AUGGACGACCUCGUCGCCGCACGAUACUCGCACAUUCCAGACCGUGGCAAGUAUGCCUCCCUCUCCCCCGUCCGCCGCGAACUCAAGCAUGUCUUGGACGCACCCCCGACAGCCCUCCACCCACUCGAGCGAAAGGGUUACCUGGAGGCGAUUCUAAGCGACCUCGACCCAAACGGUGGCGCGUGGAUAACCUGGCCAGAAGAUGUCCAUCUCCUCGCUCUCAAUGCCGUCAAGGUGCUCGGCCGCAACCCCGUCGGAAGCAAGGAAGUACUUAUUCAGCCAGACAACCUCGCGACGCUCGUGUUCCACACGUCCCUCCCAGCCGAGCUGCCGGGUGUGACACCACUGAGCCCGGUGGCAAGUUCCGCCGCCAGCAGCCACAGCCAUAGCAACUCGUUCGGCAUCAGCACCCAUGUACCGGUCAGCUCUCGCUCGGUCCAGGCCGGUCGCGCAGUUCCACCGCCUCCGACUAGUCGGCCAGCACUGGAGGCAUUGCGGGCGCUCGCAAACUCGCUUACACUCCACCCGCCGGCGCGCACCCGUGUCGCUCGCUUCGGCGUGGGUGAGGCUGUUGCCCGAGCCCUCCAUGGCCAAAUCCAGCCUGACCGCCUCUUCCUUCUAUGCCGCGUUGCCUUCCUCGUCACCGUCAGUGGCCCGGGCGCAGACUCGGCAGUCAGAUCAAUGGUGGAGGAUGAAGGUGUUGUUGACCGCCUCGUUUACCACCUGAACAACACGCCGCCCAUCGAGGCCAACUACGACAACGUCACCGAACUACUCAAGCUCAUCACUAAUGUGCUCAGUCACUAUCCGCGAGGUCCCCGCGGCAACCUGGACCCUCAACUGGUACCGCUGCACUACCCUGUCCUUGCAUGCAUGUACCAGCUCGAGAUGCGCGAUUUGCGGCCUCCACUCAGCACAGCGCUUAGCGCCCUUGUCUACAUCCCAUUCGAUUCGUCAAACCUCUCCACAUGGUACUCCGUACCGGGUGCUCACCCGGCAUCGGGAGGAGUCGGGCUUGCACCUUAUCGUACCAACUCGUCGAGACCAAGCACAGCCAGCAGCAGCUCGGGGAGUAGCGGUGGGCCUGAUGAGAAGAAGAAGAGGGGGCUGUUCGGCAGGAAGCGGCGCGAGUCGGGCACCUCGAAGCCCAAGGAGCAACUUACUGUACCAGAGAGGAGAGAAUCUGGAUCUUCGCUCGGCGCCGAGGACGCGCCCAGAUACAUGGACAUUGGCAAGCUGCCUCGCCGCAUCAUUGACUGCCUGACCGCAUUUAUCGACGUACACCUCCCAGGCAACGCCCAACCAGCGGCAGACUUGCAGCUGGACGACGCUCUUGCGCCUGUGCUCAUGCUCGCGACACACGCAUCUUCCGGUUCGGAAGAGAUGCGCCACUACUUCCGCGGCUCGCUUCUGCCACCUGACCUUGACCGCUCUCCAGCAGCUGGGCCACUCGAGUCUCGCCCAGGACUACUAGGCACACUACUCCGCUUACUUGACAGUACGUCGCACGUCCAGUCGCGCGACACGUCCGGCGAGUUCCUUUUCGCCGUGGCUGGUCUCGAGCCUGCCAAGCUCUGUGAUGACGUCGGCUACGGCAAUGUCGCCGGCUUCCUCUUCCGCAAGGGCGUCAGUGGGCCGCCGAAGGCACAUCUCGCCGCCCUCGACGACGCGGGAGAAGGUGUCCUCCCGGUUGGGGAUAUGCCUCCUCCGCCCCAGAAUGGUGCGAGCAGGUCGGCUGCACACAAUGCAGCUCAUCCCUUCGCGGCGGGUGGUGGAGCUAGGCGACCAAGCUACGGUCAUCAAGUUCCCUCCCGUUCAGCACCGAGCCCAUCCAUGCAGCAACAGCGAUCCGCACCUUUGACUCACCCACCGCGUGGACCCACUCCACACCAUCCACGGCCGCCUCCGCAGAUGCCCCAGAUCCCCAUGCCGCGCGGCACGCUGUCGAAGGAGCCAUCUCUGACGGGCCAUCCCCGUGACCAACCCCGACCGUCCUCCCACCGUAGCAGCUCACACACAUCGCACAGCCAUUCAUCUCCGCAGCUGGCCCCCAAUGCACGCCAGCUCCCUUCCCAGUCGCCGACGCAGCUCACCUACUCCCAGCCGCUGUACAACCAGCCGCUGCCCGUGCCGUCCAGAUCAUCGCCGCCCUCUGGCCCACCUCCGAUGGCACCACCACCUCUGCCACCGCACGAUCAUCACCCAUUCCCUACUGGCCCACUUGCACCGCAGUUGGACCGUAACAUCAUCACGGGCCUGCACCGUGAGGCCGACGGUCCAUCACCAUUCGCAGGAUUGAGCGAGGCUGAGCGCGACCGUGAGGCCGACAAGAUGUACCACCUCUUCCAGCGGCUCGAGGCCAACCCCAUCCUCAAGGCGGGCGCGCCGACGUCGGAUGGCGGCCACCGCUCACUUCGGGACGAGAUGGCGCAUCGCGUUGCGGCCGGCGACGCUGACGCGUGGGAGCGUGCCGAUGCUGAGCGAGAGCGUCGUGUCCGCCUCGCUGAGGAGGAGGCGGACGAGCGCGAGGCCCUGGCUGAGAUGGCGCGUUACCGCCAGCGGGUGGGGCACUAG